GCUGGGUCUUUUGUUUUCGACGGCCACUCAGAAUCUGACUAAUGAACCAAAGAACGCCAAAUGCUCUUGGUAUUGAGCUUUCAUUUGACGCUCACAGACAACUAGGGACUUUAUUCCCACGGAAACCCCAGAUCCAGAGGCCGGUGUCCCGUGCCUCACACCCUUUCGUAUUCGAUGGUCCAGUCAGGAAGACCUAAUCCCUCUCCUAAUGAGCAGGUAAAUCUGCUGCAUUCAAAUCUACCAGAGAUGGCCAGACGUCCGUUGCAUAUAAUCGAUUGAUCUGAGAUUACCAUCUUCUGCAAAACUUGAUCCACCUGCUUGAUUCUCCUAUCUUGACUCUUGUCGCUCUGAUAAACAGUGGAUUGACUGUUCGCUAAUGCAUACCACUGAUCAGACUCACCAAACAUGAGCCUUGCCCGAGCUUGUCUUGCUUGUAGGUCCGCAAAGGCCAGGUGCGACAGAGAACAACCACAAUGUGGUCGCUGUGUGAGACGCCAUUUGGAGUGUGUUGGCUCGUCCAACGACCAGGAUAUCGUCUUUCUCAAUGAAAAUCAGGUCGCAGAGCGAAACUCUCGACGUGCCAGGAGAGGACACAGGUCGCGCAAUCAAUUGACCUCUGUUACAUUUGAUCUUGUCACGACACCUGAGCGAUCGCCAAGUCACUCCCAGAGCCCACCUAAAUCAAAGUCAUCAUCGCCCGAGCAUGUGGUUGACCCAGGCCUGCGGUUUCAAUACCCUUGGCUCAAUGAGCAGCGAAUUGCCCACUUGGCUCCGCCCAUGACGCAAGAUCCAGAUCUUCGAGCCGUCGACCGAUUCUUCGUCAAUUGGACGCUACAUCCUGAUAACGAGGAGAUCUCCAAUGGACAUAUGUCCAACAUGCAGGAUCUCUACAUUAGCGCUCCUCCUCAGUCGGUUCUAUGGCUUGCUGUCCGAGCCGUAGCCUAUGCCGACAUGAGAAAUGAAUUGAGCACUGGAACGCCUUUCUCCGUCAAGGCACGACAAUUCUACGGUGCUGCUCUGAGCCGUCUCAGGGAGGUGGCCUAUCAGGGACAGAAUCUUGCAAAUGAUCAUAUGCUCGCUGCAAUCCUUUUAAUUGACAAUUUCGAGCUCAUGUAUCUCUCGCGCAUCGAGCCACUCGGCCCACAUCGCCACGCCAUUAAGCACAUUCUUCACACUGGCGGGGAUGAUCACCUCUUUAAUAAAUCUCGCUUCGCCCUGUGGUGUGUUGCUCACAAAAGACUACAAGCUCGACAGAUCCUGCUCGGCGAGGCACCCGAUCAGGAGCAGUUGGAGUGGGUUAGCAAGCUCAACAUUGACCGACCAGAUAAUCACAUAUCCGCGGACGUCAUCAACAUGAGCAUUCAAACUGCUGCGGUGAAGCGACUGGUCAAGAGCGGCAAUGGUGUUGACUCUGACCAGGCUGAGCUGUCCGCCAAGCUUGACCAGACGCAACAGCUUCUUCAAUCGAUACAGGGUCUAAUCAGCCAAGUUGAGAACUGGACCUCGACCAUCCCCAUGGCCUGGAGGCCAAAGAUUCAGGCGCCAAACCAUGACAACAAGUCAGACUCCGGCGAGUCAGACGUCGACAAUUCAGAACGUCGCGAACCCUCACCAGCACCUUUCUUCCCCUGUCCUCGCGUCCUCAGCUAUCGAGAUCUGUGGAUUGCCUAUAUCUGGAACCUGCACGCCGCGAGCCAGAUUGUCCUUCGCGAAUCAUAUGUCGAUGUGAUAACAUACCAGGCCACUCUUCUUGGUCGCGACUUGACUUAUGAGGAGGUCAUCCAGAUUGACCAUGAAGAGAACCAAGUGCACAAGUUAUCGUCGGCCAUCAUUCAGUCAUUACCUCCUCUUCUGGGUCUGACGCAUCGAAACCAACCUCUGGAUUACUCACGGCCUCCUACCAAAGGUGCCAUGACAGGUCGAUUCUUCGCUUUGUUUUCCAUGUGGAUCGUGCAAAAGGCGAGAUAUACUUCGAGAUUGCACAAAGAUACGGCGAUGAGAGUGAUCGGUUGGAUCAACUCGAAACACGGAUUGGCGUAGACUAUGAGGGUCGGGUCCGGUUAAACAAACUGUACUAUUUUUCGAGUAUUUCUCGCAUGGGUAUGGGCUGAACUAUCGGCGGCGUUGCGAUCAUCCAAAAUGUCUAGCUAGGGUUUGUCAAGUUGUAGUGUAACAUUUAUAAUGCCAUUUAUGUCCUUUUGCUGGAGACAUAUAUGUCCUAUACAUGGG